AUGUCCACUCUCCGCACUUACCGUCUUCUGUCAGUUGUAUCCCGUACUCCAUCAUAUUCUCGCUUUUAUGCAAGUUCAGCUUCUACAAGUGGAGUCUCGCACGGCGAAGAACAUCAAGAGCCGCCGAAUGAGGAGCUGCCAAAAGAAGGCUUUACGGGCAAAGCCUGGAGGAAUUCGUUGAUAUUGGUAGCUAUUGGAAUUGUGUGGUAUAAUGUUGAUAAAUACUUUGUGCGGAGUCGUGAGAGUAAACAUCCAAUCACCGCGUGGAUAGAAUCGGCUAUGAUUCCAGAAACAGAGAACAUACGACGAUCGAGCGAACAUACAUCUCUAGUAAAGGAGGAAGCUAAGGAUAAGAGGUUGUUUGGAGAAGCACAACUGCCACCAAUCUACCGUUUCAGAUUCCCAGAGCAGUUUGACAAAGCUAGUCCUUUCAUGAAGGAAUUGGGGAACGAAGUUGAUCUAUCCGAUUUGGUUGUUAGGAAUGAUUAA